UCGCCGCAUCAGCCUCGUAUCCUUCAUCAUGAAGCUGCCAUUGGUAAUAUUAGUGUGUGUGGGCGCUGCUCUGAAUGUGGCGGCACAGGAUGGCUCCUAUAUGUUGGAUUCACGAGGUGUGGAGGUGGAGCAGGGACUCCAACCUUCGUCAGAACUCUCCCAGAACCACCAGGCCUUCUCCCAAGCCUUCAAAGAACGCUCUGAAGAGGCCCUGCAAUACAGUCUUGGCCAAGUCGAAUACAAUGAUCCAAACCCGGAGUACGCUUGGGCUUACGAGGUCGACGCCAAAUCAACGGGGGACAUGAAGUCUGCUCGAGAGGAACGUCGAGGUGACGUGGUCGUGGGUCAGUACUCGGUCAUGGACCCCGACGGCUCUCUGCGCGUGGUCGACUACUCGGUGGCUCCCGGCACAGGCUUCCAGGCCACUGUCCGCAAGGAGUACACAGGUGAGGCUUUCCAAGGGCAGGAGCAGAGACUGCAGGCUCAGGCCAGGCAAUACAGUGCUAUCCAACAGGGAAGCAACUACCAACAGAAUCGCAACCAGUACCAACAGAAUCGUGGCCAGUACUCACAGAACCGCAACCAGUACCAGGAAAACCGUGGCCAAUACUCACAGAACUACGAUGUAAACCGACAGAACCGCAACCAGUACCAAGACUCACAAAAUCGCAACCAGAACCUGGAAAACAGUAACCAAUAUUCUCAGAACCGCAAUCAAUAUCAACAGAACCGCAAUCAAUAUCAGAGAAACCGCAACCAAUAUUCUCAGUACAGCAACGAUUACCAACAGAACCGCUAUCAGAACCAGCAGAACUACAAUGAGUACCAGCUGAAACCCAUUCAGUAUUCUCAGAAUAUCAACGCGUACCAACAGGACAACAAUCAGAAUCAGCAGAACCGUUACCAGUUUUCACAGAAUCGUAACCGAUAUCAGCAGAACCGCAAUCAAUACUCCGAGAACUUUAAUGCAUACCAGAACCGCAAUCAGUACCAACAGAAUCGCUACCAAUACCAGUACCAACAAAACCAGGACCAGUCCUAUCAGAAUCGCGAUCAGUCCUACCAGAACCGCGAUCAGUCCUACCAGAGCCGCAACCAGUUCCAACAGAACCGUAACCAGUACCAGCAGAACCGCAAUCAGUACCAACAGAACCGCAACCAGUACCAGCAGAACCGUGAUCAAAGCCUUUCCAGUCACAACAACAAUAUCAGGUACAACUUCCAGAGUUAUGGAACCAACCGCUUCAAUCAAAACCUGAACCGCCCUUCCCCCAGUCUCUACAGUCAGAACCAAAACUAUCUGGCUCGCUAUGGAUCCGGUUCUCAGAACCAGUACAGCACCCAACUGAACAGGAACCAGCAGAACCAAGGUUACUCUCCAAUCAGCGUGGUUCUCGCGUCCUCAAGGAACUAACACGCGAACCGAAAUGCCAACGGACUUCCUAGACCACGAAAUGUAAAAGGCGUUCAGAAUGGUUCAGAAUGGAUCUCUUGGUGUUGGGCAAAAAACUUUGAACUUCUUAA